GUGGGGAAGCCAACCAACCAUUCACCUAGUGUGUCGAACCCGAUCCAUUGGUAGGGUCAUGCGACGUGCGACAUCUGACUCUGGCGGGAGUAGAGCCCUGGCUCAAGAAGAUUAUAAAGGAGCCUUACAGCCUCAACUGAAUCCAUGCUCCAAUCUCCAAGUCCCCAUCAAUCCUCCGACCUUCUCUCGCAAGACGUCUUUACAAUCUACCUACCCUGACCAUCGCUGAUCUUGGUCAAGAUGGAGGGCGGGAUACCAACAACACGCCCUGCCCUGUCCGUUGCUGAGAUUCUUGCAGCGGACAAGCGCUCGGCAUUCUCCCUCUCGCCAUCCCUUGUUUAUCUGUAUGCCAUUCUGGCACCGGCCUGCCUGGUCGUUUGCGCUACCAAUGGCUACGACGGCUCGGUUCUUACCGCUCUACAGGGCGUAGCGGCAUGGAACGAACAAUUUGGGACCCCCAAGGGUGCUCUGCUGGGAUUCACCAGCGCGGCGUAUCCCCUGGGUGCCAUUUUGUCGACACCCUUCUCCGCCAUUAUAUCCGACCGCUUCGGCCGAAGAUGGUCAAUCUUGCUUGGAAGCUUCAUCAUGAUCAUCGGCGUCAUCAUCCAGUGUGUUAGCAAGUCUAUUGGGCUUUUUAUUGGCGGUCGAGUCGUCGUCGGCUUCGGCAUCACGCUCGCCUUGGCUGCGGCCCCCAUCCUGAUUUCGGAACUGGCACAUCCUCGACACCGCGCAGGCCCCGCCGUGCUCCAGAUGACCUUCGUUUGGUUUCUGGACGAGUCCCCUCGUUGGCUCUGUUACAAAUCUCGCGGCGAAGAGGCAUUCAAUAUCCUUGUGAAGCACCACAGCAAUGGCGACCGGACAGAUACUUUGGUGGUUGCCGAGUACUUCGAGAUGAAUGAAGCCCUGCAGGCUGAGCGAGAAGUCGAAUCCGCAGGGCUCAAACUUUUCCUCGCCACACCCGCAAACCGAAGGCGGCUCGCCAUUCUCAUCACCAUCGCUGUAUUUGGCCAAUGGAGCGGAAACGGCCUGGUUUCGUAUUAUCUCACCAAGAUCCUGACAAGCAUCGGAAUCACGACGCAACGAGAGCAGACGAUGCUCACAGGUACCAUCAGCACCGUCAACUAUGCUACCGCAUUGAUGGCUGCCAUUCUAGCAACGAAAAUCGGUCGUCGUAAGAUGUUUGUUGGAGGCGCCAUUGCAAUGUGGCUGACCUUUUCGGCUUUAACAGCGAGCAUUGCCGUGUACAACAACACCGGUUCAAAGGCAGCGAGUCAGUCGGCACUGGGAUUCAUCUUCAUCUACUACGCCUCGUUCAAUAUCUGCUUGAACCCCCUUCUUUUCCUCUACCCCACAGAGAUUCUGCCAUUUAGACUCCGAGCUAUGGGUUUGAGCAUCAUGGUGUUUUCGACCAAGGCAGCCUCGUUUUUCAACCAAUUCGUCAACCCCAUUGGUAUGGACAGCCUUGGUUGGAAGUAUUAUCUUGUCUAUGUCGGUUGGUUGGUAGUGGAAAUCUUUGUCUUCUACUUCCUUUAUCCCGAGACUAAAGGGUACACUCUUGAGAACAUUCAAGAGGCGUUUGGCGAGAAGCUUGAACGUCAGCGAGCCGACGUUGAGAGCAUCUACAACGAAAUGGAGAAGAAAGACUCUUCGAACUUACAGUAGUUAUAUGAAUACGA